AGUUUCCAGGGAUACAUGAAACAACCAAUAAAAGCUGGUUACCUCUUCAAUUUUGCCACUGCUGCUACAAAAAAGAUAUCCGAAUCCGUUGCUGAAACAGCACAGACAAUAAAGAAGUCUGUUGAAGAAGGAAAAAUUGACAGUAUCAUUGAUAAGACAAUUAUUGGAGAUUUUCAGAAGGAACAGAAAAAAUUUGUCCAAGAGCAGCAAACCAAAAAAUCAGAAGCCGCAGUGCCUCCCUGGGUAGACAGCAAUGAAGAAGAAACAAUUCAACAACAAAUACUGGCCUUAUCAGCAGACAAACGGAAUUUUCUACGGGAUCCCCCAGCAGGUGUGCAGUUUAAUUUUGACUUUGAUCAAAUGUACCCUGUUGCACUGGUGAUGUUACAAGAAGAUGAGCUUCUCAAUAGGAUGAGGUUCGAUCUCGUUCCCAAACAUGUAAAGGAGGAGGUGUUCUGGAGAAAUUAUUUCUACAGGGUGUCCUUAAUUAAACAGUCUGCACAACUCACUGCACUUGCAGCUCAACAGCAAGCAGUAGGAAAAGAAGAGAGCAAAGGCAGAGAAGAGGACAGUGAACUGAAAGAAACAGUACGGCCGAAAACACCGCCUGUUACGAUAAAGCCUCAAACAAAAUCUCAAGAGGAUGAGGAAGAGAUUUCCACAAGUCCAGGUGUAUCAGAAUUUGUGAGUGACGCUUUUGAUGCCUGUAAUCUGAAUCAGGAAGACCUAAGAAAAGAAAUGGAACAACUAGUGCUAGACAAAAAGAAAGAAGAGACUUCAGUAGUAGAAGAAGAAACUGCUGAUUGGGAAAAGGAAUUACAGCAAGAGCUUCAAGAGUAUGAGGUGGUGACAGAAUCAGAAAAGCGUGAUGAAAACUGGGAUAAAGAAAUAGAAGAAAUGCUGCAAGAAGAAAAUUAGGCAUUUUCACAAAACCACUAUAACCCAAAGGUUUUUCUGAGGACUGACAUGGAUUUCUGCUUUCAUAUUUUGCUUACAGAAGUAUCUUCAAAAGACAUAAAAGAAUCUAAAAUCAUUAUAAUUCCAUAUGGGAAUACAACCAGUAUUUCUGUUCUUUGUAUGAGCAGUUUCUGAACUUCUGUGUUCUUCAAAAGAAAAAAAAAAAGAGGAGGCAGACACUGCAGGUUACAUGCCAUAAUUAAAAGUGAUAACAUUAAUACAUGAGCAACAGUUCAUGUUUUUAGGUGGUCAAGAAGCUCUCCAAAGAGAUUUCUAAAUCUAAGAAUCAAUUUUUUUUUGUCUACAGCCUUCUGUUUGGGAUGUAAAAAUGGGUGUUGUAAGUAACUUAGUCCUUGAAAACAAUUCUCUCUUGACAUUUGCACUCUGAUCCCUGUAUAAUCUGUAAAUGUGUACUAUUUUUGAGGUACCUGUAGUGGUAGAUUUCAUGUGUAUUUAACUUCCUUAAUGUAUGUAGCCAAUGAAUUUAUAGAAAACCCUAUUGAAUAACUUUCAAUGAUUUGUUAAAAAUACUAAUGCAGACUCCAAAAGAAGCUGAUUAUUUAUCAGUCAGGUGGCAAACAUUUAAACAUUUAAAUAAGGAUAGAAUUAUUAACUGCUUGAAUUAAAUUUGUUUUUGUUAAAUCAUCAUAUUAAGAUAUUGCCUUUCCCCACAGAGAGAAAUGGUUUAAUACAUUCUCUCUGCAGAAGGCUGUUAUGUUUCCAUUUAAUUUUGCUGUCUGAGCUGAGAGCAAAUUAAAUAUUUCUCCUUAAGUGCUGAAACAUUUAUGUAAAAACUUUUGCUGGUUUGGACACCUUUAUUAAAUACUGUAGAUAUGUAUAAAAUUGUCUCUUUUAUUUGGAAGAAGGGCAGAGUGAGGGGCAAGCAUACUUCAGACUUACACAAAUUUCAAAAAUAUACAUUGUCACAGUGCUUAAGACAUGGAAUUUACAUUAAAAAAUAGGGGGUUUUCUCUAAAAGAUUUUUGAUUUUUCAUAGGCAUCUGUUUCCUAUAGUUUUACCAUUAAGUCAGUAUCUUUAUAUAUAUAUAUGAAAAUUUGAUGUUCUGUUUGCCAUCUAUUUCAUAAACUUCUGUGACAAAACAUUCUUGAAAUUCCAAAUACAGAGGAAAAUGGGUAAAAUUAAGUAGGUUGGAGCCAUUAAGCACAAUUGAAUUAUAGGCAUGUUACAUACAGUAAGCUCUGUCUUAAUGACAUAAUUCUGCAGAAAACUUUUGUAAAGAGACUGAAAAAGAUUAUAGCUGUAAUUACUCAGUCAAUAUUCAUCUCGUGGGAAUUGAAAAGAGCUAAGUAGUUUUAACUGCUGUUACUGCAAGAAAGGUCUAUUUAAAAUUGUCUCCAUUAGCAACUUGGACAGAAAGCUCUCCUGUAUUUCUCAUUAUACAAAAGAAAUUGUUUUAAACCUGCAUAUGUUUGGCUUUCCAAAUUAGUUUAUUGCCAUGCACUUUCUCAACUACAAACCGUUUUAUGUACAAUUUGUAUUUUUAUAAGUGUUUUUCACUUAGUAAACAGAUGUGAGAUAAGUCAUGGUAAAUAAGAGGUACUUAAGCAGCUUUUUAUAUCUAGGAUUAAUUAAAGACCACAAAAGUUAAAUCUGUUACACUCAUAAAAAUGAGACUAUUCACAACUUAAUGGUUACUUUUGACAAAUUCAACUGCUUGUAGAUAUAAGCUGGAGAUACUAGGAGCUAUCUACUGUACAGUUUGACACAAAACCUUCUAAAAAGAUGGGUAGUUCUAUUCUGAGAGUGGCAAGCCUUUCCUGGAUGACUAAGAGUUCAAAAUCUCCAAAUGCCAGUCUUCAAUGCUCCAAAUGUCCACUUCCUUAAAAAUAAGCCUGAUCGUUCCUAGUGUUUUCAGCUGUAUUAUUACCUGAUUUGCAUGGGGUUUGUACACGAAGCCUCAUGGUUGUUUUCAUGUAAGCAUAAUCUAUAUAGUGGUUAUAGAUAUUAAGCCCCAUCUCUCAUGAAAGAUGGUUCCUACAUAUAAAGCCUUUGUUUUCCAAGUUCCAUGAAAAGCAUGUCCAUGAAAAAAAUAAACCAACCCACUAUUUGCAUUUACAUUUAAACAGGCAAUAAUGUAGUGAGGCUGAAUCUGAUUAAAACUGUGAUGUUUAAAGUCUCUUAUCAGAUAUCAUAUUAAUAUUUUCAAAUCUGCAUAUCUGGUUUUAACCUGUAAAACUGAAAUAAGUUUUGUGUAGUUCUGCAGUUUUCAGGCCUGCCUUGUGCUUUUCAUUUAGGUAGGUGCCACAAGUGCCUAGCAGUUCUUAUUCUGCAUGGGAAGACAAGAAGUGUCUGCAUUCCGCUUGUCACAUGAGAUGAACACAGGUAGACUUCUUCACAUUCUUUGUGAAUUUUGUAUGCCAUUUUGUAGCCCAAAUGUGUCAUAAUAGUAUAUAUACAUAUAGUAUAUA